ACAGGGAAUGUCCGCUUGCAAUCUUGUGGCCUUUUGUGACAUGUGGGCACUUUAGUACAUACAGUGUUUGUAUGUUAUAGGGACCACAUUAAUUUGGUUGGAUAGGUUCCUUUUGCUUUUGUUGGGAAACGUUUUCUUGAGCUGCUUCCAAUUUGAUUGGACUGUACCAAUGAUGUCCUUUAAAAAGUAUGUGUUACUCUCAUUGGUUUAUUAAAAAUAGGUCAGGAUACCAGAUAUAUCUCUGGCCUGCAGCUUUUCUGUGGGUCAGGGUGAGGUGGGCAAUGGCCUUUGAGGUGACCAGCCACAAGGGCACGGAUUGUGCCGCUGACACCGUACUUGAAGUUGGCCACAGGCUGUUCCAUGUGAACAGGCGGCUGCUGGCAUCGACCAGCGAGUAUUUCCGAGCCUUGUUCGGGGGUGGUACCAGGGAGAGCUCGGAGAAUCACAUCGUGUUGCGGGGCCUGGAUCCCGAAGUCUUCCAGCUGCUGCUGGGCUUUGCCGCCCGGGGCCAAGUGAAUGUGGAGCGGCGGAAUGUGGAGGCUUUGCUGGAGGCGGCCGAUUUCUUGCUCUUUGACCGGGUCAAGCUGCUGUGCGCCACCUUCUUGCAGCGAGAGCUGAGAGUGGGGAACUGCGCGGGGGCCUUGGCCUUGGCCCGGCGUUUGGCCUGCCCCAGCCUAGCGGCCGCCGCCCGUGGUGUCGCCCUUACCCACCUGGCCGCCUUCAUGGACGACGAGGAAGAGUUCCUGCAGCUUCCGAAAGAGGCUCUAGCCGAGCUUUUGGCCAGUGACCACCUAUACGUGGCCAGAGAAGACCAGGUAUUUGAAGCGGUGAUGAAAUGGGCGAGUCACCACAACAGCAGGGAAAGUCACUUUCUGGAGUUGCUGGCCUUGGUCCGGGCCCCGUUCCUGAGCCUGUCUUUCCUCGAUCUGCUGAUUAAACGCUCCAAGUGCAGCCUGCAGGCUGACCCUCACAACAGACUCCUGAGAAUAUUAAAUCACAGCCUUCCCCAGAGUUGGACCAUGGCCCGGUCCCAGACCCAAAUCAGCAGGAGCUAUGAUACCAUGUAUGUUCUGGGAGGCAAACAUGAGCAAGAACAGCAGGAACUAUUUCAGUUUCACCCUCAAACGAACACUUGGCAAGCCUGCUCUCCUCUCCGACGCAGAAACCUCACCCAAUAUGCCGUAGCAACAGUAGGGAAUUUUAUCUUUGUGACAGGCGGCUACUUCCGAGAAAGUGUAGUAUGGUACUGUGUGGACUGGGUGCUGGUUUAUAACUCCUGUGAAGACAAUUGGAUGGAAGGACCGUCGAUGAAGCAGUCUCGUAACUGGCAUUGUGCAGUCGGUGUUGGGACGUACCUAUAUGUACUGGGAGGGAGCACUGAUGAGGCUGUCGUCGCUGAUGUUGAGCGACUUCCAUUGAUGGCCACAGAGUGGGAGAAAACAGCGCCCAUGAUGCGACCCGUGGAGAGGGCUGCAGUAGUCAGCAUUGGCACCAGUGUAUAUAUUUUGUGCGGGCUGGAUGAAAAUGGUGAUGUUUACAGUGGGGUGCAGCGGCUAAAUGUGGACAGUGAUGUUUGGGACGUGAUCUCCUUCUCCCCGCUUCCUCGAUAUGAUCUCUGUGCCACCAUUCUGAAUGGUGCAGUGUACGUCGUGGGAGGUCAGACGUUCCGUCUGGACACAGACACUGAUGAGUGGACUCCAGUGGAUGAGGAACUCUUCAAUCAAAAGUUCUUCAGUGGUUGCACAACUGUUAACGGGAGGAUCUUUGUCCUUGGGGAGAGGAGAGGGAACACAUCCACCCCAAACAUGAUUCUCUUUGAUCCCUAUACAGAAACAUGUCAAGUAGUGGAUGCAGCUGUGCCCUGUCCACUCCCUAUUCGAGGCUGUGUGUCCAUCCGAAAGUCCAACAUGAGAUUUGGAAUUUAAUCAGAUACAGUUUAAGGGAAUGAGUCACUUGUGUCCCUGGCCCUGUAUCUCUGCUGCCCUUUUGACAGUAGCAUCAAGAUGAGGGAAUUACAGUGCCAGCUUUCUCAGCUCAGGAGAGACCACAAUCACAACUGCUUUCUGGUUACCCUGGACAAAAUCUGGAAUCCUGAUUGACACCUCAAGUAAUGUCCAAUCAAAAAGUACCCUGAGACUCACGCUGAGGUAAACCGUCAAUGCACGGGGCUAUUUAUCCUGGUCUGCUUGACAGUGAGCUGAAUGUCAUUUUUUCGCCCUCAUUCGGGCUUUUUUUGCUUCCUGGCUUGAUGAAUAUAAUGUUUUCCUGGUCACCCUAUAAUAAACCUUAGCUCAACCACAACCCUAUUGCCUGUAUCCUUUUUCCCGUUUAUUCAUUCACAGGAUGAUGGUGUCACUGGCUCGGCAGCAUUUAUUGUCCAUCCCUAAUUUCCCAGAGGGCAGUUAAGAGUCAGCCACAUUGCUCUGGGUCUGGAGUCACACAUAGGCCGGACAAGGUAAGGGUGGCAGUUUCCUUCCCUAAAGGACAUUAGUGAAGUCUUUCCCCAAAAAUUGGCAAUGGGUUCAUGGUCAUCAUUAGACUCUUAAUUCCAGAUACUUAUUGAACUUAGAUUCCACCAUCUGCCAUGGUCGAAUUUGAACCUAUGUUCUCAGGACAUUAUCUGGCAUAACAGUAAUUCAUAAUACCACUAGGCCAUUGCCUCCCCUCUAUCCCAUCUUGCAACAAGUUUGGUUCUGAAGAAAAUUCAUGCUGGACUUGAAACAUUAACUCUCUUUCUCUCCAUGAACGCUGCCGGACCUGCUAAAUGCCUUCUUUUGCAGUUUAAGCAUCACCUGAGGGCUCUGACUGUGGCCUCUUAUGCAUCUCUUGUGCUGACACCCACUCCCUCCAACCUGCUAUUGGCAUUGCAAUGAGCCAGACCAUAUAUUCAGUAGAAUUCCUCCCUUUAUCCAGCUUCCUAUCUGCUGCUUUAAGACCUUUAUACCUGUUCUUGGUUCAGCAGCCAUUUUCCCAUUCCUUGUCAAUAUUGGAUAUUAAAGAGGUGAGUUGUUUACCUAGAGUCCUACUUAUUUGUACUGAUCUGCAGCAGACCAGAGCCAGUACAGUGAACAAUUGAUCAUUUUAUGGGUUUUCUUUUCUUUCUGAUCAUGCAUGUUUGUGUAUUCUGGACUGAAAACAAAGUUGGGCUUUUCUGCCACCAUUUGUAGCAUUGCUGUAACACAGUGGAAGAUUCCAGACAAUAUGCAUGCUAUCACAGAUGUUGGUGAGAAAGUCAGGAAAUUGGAUUCUUUGAAUAAAUUAAGUGUGAAAUUCA